ACGUCGCGUUGACGUUGCGUGGGGGGAGGGGAAGCCAUUCGCGGCCUCUGGUUCUCGGCGGGAGCGGCGGCGGCAGACGCGUGUGGCGGACCGGCGCGGGAAAGCGGCUUCCUAGUUGGGGAAGCGUUAGCCCCCGGGGGUGCUCGUGUGCAGUAGUCCUAGCGGCUUUUCUGUUCUGUUCUGAGACCCAGCAGCUGUCACCGGUGAGCUACUUGGAGGGUGAAUUCGGCGAGCUUGUAGAGCUUGAAACCUUCAAAGUCCCCUCCAACUCUUACCAGCUGGAAGGAAAGAUGGUUGAGGCAGAUCGCCCAGGAAAGCUCUUCAUUGGUGGGCUUAAUACAGAGACAAAUGAGAAAGCCCUCGAAGCCGUAUUUGGCAAGUAUGGACGGAUAGUGGAGAUACUUUUGAUGAAAGACCGUGAAACCAACAAAUCAAGAGGAUUUGCUUUUGUUACCUUCGAAAGCCCAGCAGAUGCUAAAGAUGCAGCUAGAGAUAUGAAUGGAAAGUCCUUGGAUGGAAAAGCCAUCAAGGUGGAGCAGGCUACCAAACCAUCGUUUGAAAGUGGCAGGCGUGGACCACCUCCACCUCCAAGAAGCAGAGGCCCGCCCAGAGGUCUCCGAGGAGGAAGUGGGGGAACCAGAGGACCCCCUUCACGUGGCGGAUACAUGGAUGACGGUGGUUAUUCCAUGAACUUUAACAUGAGUUCUUCCAGGGGACCACUUCCAGUAAAAAGAGGACCACCACCACGAAGCGGGGGUCCCCCGCCUAAGAGAUCAACGCCUUCAGGACCAGUUCGAAGCAGCAGCGGAAUGGGAGGAAGAGCCCCAGUAUCUCGCGGAAGAGACAGCUACGGAGGCCCGCCACGAAGGGAGCCCCUGCCAUCGCGUAGAGAUGUUUAUUUGUCCCCGAGAGAUGAUGGAUAUUCUACGAAAGACAGCUACUCAAGCAGAGAUUACCCAAGCUCUCGUGAUACCAGAGAUUAUGCACCACCGCCGAGAGAUUAUACUUACCGUGAUUACAGUCAUUCCAGCUCACGUGAUGACUAUCCAUCCAGAGGCUAUGGUGAUAGAGAUGGCUAUGGUCGGGAUCGUGACUAUUCAGAUCAUCCAAGUGGAGGUUCCUACAGAGAUUCCUAUGAGAGCUAUGGUAACUCACGCAGCGCACCUCCGACACGAGGGCCCCCGCCGUCUUACGGAGGAAGCAGUCGCUAUGAUGAUUACAGCAGCUCCCGUGAUGGCUACGGUGGAAGUCGAGACAGUUACUCAAGCAGCAGAAGUGAUCUCUACUCAAGUGGCCGUGAUCGUGUUGGCAGACAAGACCGGGGGCUUCCCCCUUCUAUGGAAAGGGGGUACCCUCCUCCACGUGAUUCCUACAGCAGUUCAAGCCGCGGAGCACCAAGAGGAGGUGGCCGUGGAGGAAGCCGAUCUGAUAGAGGGGGAGGCAGAAGCAGGUACUAGAAACAAACAAGACUUUGGAUCAAGGUCUUCAUUCAAAGAAACAAAAGAUGGAAAGUCUUCUGUCGUAACUACCCAAGGACUACUAAGAGAAAAGUUGUGUUACCUUUUUAAAUUUUUCUGUUUUAAGUUCCCCUUCAUCAUUUUUGUGUUCUUGUGAGGAAAAAGUAAAACAUGAUUAAUUUUGAUAUUAUGAAUUGCUUUCAACAAGCAAAUGUUAAAUGUGUAAGACUUGUACUAGUGUUGUAAUUUUCCAAGUAAAAGUGUCCCUAAAGGCAA